AUGAAGUUUCAGACAACUGUUUCUGCGAUUGGCGUUGCCGCCGCAUUCUCUCUGGUUGUUGCUGCAAAAUAUUCAAUCAACAGCAACUUAUACGAAUCCGAAUUUGGAUCCUACGUCAAUCCCAACCCUAGGCCAUCCAAGAAGUGCCCACCGAAUGAUCUCAUCAAGUUAUCAGCUUGCUGCAACGAAGUAUUGUCGAAAUUAGAUGAUUGUAAACCGGACGAUCUUGCCUGUGAGUGUUGUGCGCUUCAGAGUAUAAAACAGGAAUGUUAUCAUAUCUGUCCCGACAACCCAUCAGCGAAUUUCUUAAGCGUCUUGUACGAAGAUUGUGCUGAAUUAAGUGAAAUUAACGCUUGUGCCCUUCCAUUUAAGAAGGACUAUCGUGGAGGGGACGGUGGUGUUGAAGAGGUUAAUUCCAAAUAUUUGGUCAAAUCGAGAAAUAAAGGCGACUCAGGAAGUCAAAUGCCGAAAGAUUCAUAUGCCAUUAUGUCCAAACUUAAUUCUAAUCAGGAAUUGCACUCUAAAGAGAUUGAACCUACUCAGCCAAAAUCAAAAAUUGUGGGAGAACAUAAACUGGAGCAUGCCAUUAAACACAAUUCGACCGAAUUGGGAAACAACACCACAACUACUGGCAAUAGUCAAAAUUCUACCCUUAAUGGUAAUAGAGGUGUCAAUUCAACUAGUAUGUUCAACUUGCUUUAUUUUCAUCUAAAGAUUUGA